AAGCAAGUGCCCAUGUCGCUCUGUUGCCACGGAAACACGUACGCGUUUCACUAUUUGAACCACCCCGGCUAUGGAUGUGUUAGGUUUGAAAUCGUGAAAGUUGAAAUAGUUUGUCAUGCAUAAAACGGAAACCAGUUAGACCUACAGUUUGUAGUCGGCGCGUCACAAAUUUUCCCGGUUGUGGAAGCGAGUCUCUCAUGCGGUUUAGGGCAAAAGAGUUGCCUUCUGUCAUGCUAGUUAGCAGCCCAACUUUUGACCCUUACCAGGACUAUAAUCUGCCUCCCGUGGGUCCUCUGCAAUAGAGUCGCUUUUUGUAUCGCAUUUUGUGCAUGAGCAUGGCAAAUUAUUUCAACUUUGACGAUUUCAAGCCUGGCGCUUCCAUACCGGCGUGAUGGCAAUAAGCACGCUGUUGGAAAUGAAGGGGAUAGUGGAUAUGCGAGCAAAUUUCACGCAGGAAAACAUCGAGGCACUGAAGGUGAGGGAUGAUUUUCUGGGGUUUACAGAUCAUAUUGUACACUAGUUGAGGUAGAAAUGGAAUUCGAAUUCGUUUCAAUCUUGUAUUGCAGAAGCUCGCAUCAGGAGCGGGACUUGUCAUGCAAAAAAGUACUUUAUAAAGUGUAAUUAAAAAUCAAAGUACAGGAAUUCGACGCCGAGCUGGCACGAAAAGGGCAGAUAGCACUGGAUCACGAUUUGGCGGUGAACUUUUUGGAUCUGGAAUACAUUGACGAGACCCUCCCUAGGCUCUUGAUCGAAAAGGAGCUGUGUCAACAGGUACUACAGCGUUCCAGUGGAUGAAAAUUUCUCAUACAUGAUGACACACUACUAGAGUUCGUGUUUGUCAUGCACUCCAACACUAAGGGUAAUAAAGUAUGACUUUCAAAUUCUAUCAGGCCCAACUCGACGUGCUGCAAAGGAAGGAUGGGGAUUUUUCGCCCGUGAAGUCUCUCGAAGGAAAAAAGAAAGACGCGGUAAACGCUGCCAUGCUGAAGAUGCCCGCCGCGUACAAGAAAAAGAUGUUGGAAGACUCACUGCACGUCAUCGAGAGCUUUGUGGACACAGGGUACAAAAACUUGAAGUCUUUUGUUAAAAUGACUUUUUGAUGUUGUAAGAUCACCUUUUUUGUUGUUUCACCCUGCAUGACAAAUUGAAACUCUGGUGUUGACGCGCAUGGCAAACACAAAAAUGACCUUACAAGGUACCGCAACGAAUCGGACGCUAUGCAGGCCUUGCUGUACUACUGCACUCUAUCGCAAGAAAAGACUGUUUCACUGUAAACUUGUGAUGCAUGAUAGAAUGCAUCGCAGACGCAUUUGUCUUGCUACACAUGCUGCGAGGCAUUAUCUUUUUCAAUGUGUUUUUUCUCAGGAAGUACGCAUGGCAGGUUUUCCUUGUCGUGUGUAACGAACUUGUGAUGCAAAACUUGUAAAAUCCUUACAGUGAAGCACUUUUUUCGUACGAUGCACUCUGAUGGAAUCUCCAGACCUCGAACUGGACGCAAAACAGACGAAAAAAAUUUCGGCGAAAGCAACCGAGGUGCGACAGUGGGCGGAGAAGUUGUAUACGUCGGGGGACAAAUCCGCGAUCAAGCAGGCGGACGUUGAGGGCAAGUUGAAGGAGAUGAAGACCACUUGCAAUCCGGUGGUGGUGGACAAGUUGAAGGCUCUCAUCAAGGAGCAGCAGUGAAGAUGAAAAAGCGAUAGGGAAGAUGAAAGGCAUCAGUUCGUGAACAGCCGCUUACCUGUUCCUUGCACUUUGCACCGACGCGAGUGUGCCUUGUCAUCCUUCUCGAUACGUAGAAACAUCAAAACCUUCCGAGCGGGCAUUGAAAAAGAGCCACGCACGAC